AUGACCUCGUUUUCGCCGGAUGACGCUCAAAAAGCUCUAAAACCUCAAUUCGAUGCAUACUGCAAGACCAUUGACGACAAGGAUUGGGAAGGUGUCAUCGCCUAUUACCAUCCAAAUGGAGUGAUUGUUCAAAAGGGAAAAGAGGCGACUUAUGGAAAAGAAGCUAUGAAACAAGAGUUCAUCAAGUUCGCUGAAAGCACUGGAAAAUCGACAUCCACAUUUUCAAAUGCCACUUAUCAAGGAACCGGAGAGUACCUGAUUAUCACUGCCGAUUUCACAUCGGAAACAGAAAAAGCUGGAACUAUCAACGGAAAAUUCUUGCAAAUCUGGAAAAAGGAAGGCGACAAACACUUGAUCUAUCAUGAUGAAUUUGAAGUUGUUGCAUAG